AUGAUUAAUGAACUCAACUUUAAGAGGAGAGGAGGAAAUGUUGGACUUAAACUGGAUAUAACUCAAGAUUAUGAUUCAUUGAGUUGGGAUUACUUGUUUGAGGUACUUAGAAGAUUUGGAUUAUCUGAAAUUGGCAUUAGUUGGCUCAGGAUUUUUUUUGAAUCUGCAAUGAUAUCUGUACUUGUUAAUGGUGGUCCAUGUGGUUUUUUUGGUGUUGGAAGGGGUCUCAGACAAGGUGAUACAUUAUCACCCAUCUUAUUCAUUCUUGCAGAGGAAUUUCUUAGCAAAAACUUAUCAAAAAUGGUGCAGGAAGGAAGAGUCCAAGCAAUGGUGACUAGAGUGAAUAAGAACAAAAGUAAAUGUUUUGUUGGUGGAGUUUCAAAUACAAUAAGAAUUGAUAUAGUUGAAUACCUGCAAAUGGGACUAUCAGAGUUGCCUGAUACCAUUCCCAUAUAUAAUAUGGCAGUCUAUAAGUGGCCCGAAACUGUUAUAAAGGAAUGUGAGAAAAUUAUCAGGAAUUCCCUAUGGUCUGGUGAUCCUGCUGUUAAAACAUUAGUUACUGUAAAAUGGGAUGAAGUUAAUGCUCCAUUAAUUGAAGGUGGUUUGGGUGUAAGGAGAUUGGAGGUAAUGAAUAAAGCCUUGUUAAUGAAACUCUUGUGGAAAAUUGAAACAGAGGAGGUGGAAUGGACUCAGUUCAUGAGAGCAAAGUACAAGAAUAAGAAUAAUGAAUGGAUAUCAUCUUACAAACAAUCCUCAAUUUGGCCAGGAAUUAAAUGA